AUGGCGCCAAUUCCAAUCACCAUCAUUUCCGGGUUCCUCGGCUCGGGUAAAACGACCCUUAUCCUCAACCUCGUGCCGCAGCUUCGUGCGAAGAGCUCGACGUACAGGCUGGCCCUCCUGAAGAACGAAUUCGGCGACGUCGCAAUCGAUUCCCAACUCGCCUCGGCCUCCGCCAUAUCGGGUGUCCGAGAGAUGCUCAACGGGUGUAUUUGCUGCAACCUCGUGGGCCAGCUUGGUCCCGCGCUGGAAGAACUCGCCCGGACAGUCACGCCCGACCGCAUCGUCGUCGAGACGAGCGGCUCCGCUUUCCCCGCGACGUUGGCGCUGGAAGUCAACCGCCUGGCGAGGGACACGGGCAGAUACCAACUGGACGGCGUGAUAAGCGUGGUUGAUGUAGAGAAUUGGCAGGGGUACGAAGACACGAGCUACACGGCCAAGAUUCAAGCGCGGUAUACAGACUUGAUUGUGUUCAACAAGUGGGAGACGGCGGGAGAGGACAGAUACGAAGAGUGUGUGGACAGAGUGGGUGAUUUGGAGGUUGACGUGGCGAGGGUGAAGAGCGAUAAAGGCUGGGUCGACAUGGAUCUUGUGUUUGGUGUGGACGGCGGACUGGCGAGGGCCUUGACGGAGGAAGAGGCCGUUGGAGGGCAGCACGGUCACGGGCACGGGGGCCGCGGCGACGACCACAAGCACAGCGGGGCCAAUGGAGACUCCCACGGCCACCAGAAUGAAGUCGAGGUGUUGUCGAUCGAACUUGGGGCGCCGUCGACAGCGAUAUCCACCUCCAAGCUCCUCGCGUUGCUGCAAGCCGCCCCCAAGGACGAGGUGUACCGCAUCAAGGCCGUCGCCACGCUGUCAUCGACCCCCAAGAACUCGGACGCCGAUGUGCCCCAGCCCGACGGCCACCCGGGCGGCCGCUACAUUCUCAACUGGGCGUUUGGUCGAUGGACGUUCACGCCCAUGGGACAGGUGCAGGCGGAGCACCGGUCCAGCAACGACGUGGCGUUGCGAAUGACGGUCAUCCUGGCACGGCACGAGAGUAACAGGUGGAAGAAGAAGAUGGAGGCCGGCGGGUAUCUGGAGGCCGUGGGUGUGAACAAGGGCGAGCUGAGCAUCAAGCGGAUCUUGUAG